CACCCACACCACGUUCUCGUCCAGGUGCUGAGCGGCUUGACGAACCUGACCUUCCGCGCCCGAAUCAGCUGCUGACGUAUCGCCUCCGCCAUUACCACCUCACACUCUCUCUCCCCAUGAAUUCGCUCGCUUUCCCUCGCGGCCGAUGCUCCCCGUCACCACUGACGCGCCCCUCCACCUCCCGUAGUUCUUCCGUCCCAUCGUCGCGCACAAUAAAGAUUCGCCCGAGCUCGCGAAGCGUCGCCCGGUGCAACCUCCGCGACGCCAAGAAUCUCUCCCCGUCCCGCACCGUCGCCAUGGCUGCCGCGGCCGCCGCACCGGCAAGCUCUGAGAAGGAAGUGCUCCCCCCUUCCCUGACCUCCUCAUCGGAGCCCCCUCCCCUCUUCGAUGGAACCACCAGGUUGUACGUUGCGUACCACUGCCCUUACGCGCAGCGCGCGUGGAUUGCCAGGAACUACAAGGGUUUGCAGGAUAAGAUCAAGAUUGUCGCGAUUGAUCUUGCAGACAGGCCUGCUUGGUACAAGGAGAAGGUUUACCCAGAGAACAAGGUACCUUCACUUGAGCACAACAAUCAGGUGAAAGGAGAAAGCUUGGAUUUGGUCAAGUACAUUGACACCAAUUUCGAAGGGCCAGCAUUACUCCCUGAUGAUUCUGAGAAGCAGCAGUUCGCUGAGGAGCUUCUUGCGUACACUGAUGCGUUCAACAAAGCAUCGUACUCAUCCAUAGUCGCCAAGGGAGAUGUGUGCGAUGAGGCUGUUGCUGCUCUUGACAAAAUAGAAGCUGCUCUGUCAAAGUUCAACGAUGGCCCAUUCUUCCUUGGCCAGUUCAGCUUGGUGGACAUUGCGUAUGUUCCAUUUAUUGAAAGGUUUCAGAUAUUCUUUUCUGGUAUAAAGAACUACGAUAUCACCAAGGGCCGACCCAACCUUCAGAAAUUCAUCGAGGAAGUGAACAAGAUUCAUGCCUAUACAGAAACCAAACAGGACCCACAGUUUUUGCUUGAACACACAAAGAAGCGUCUUGGGAUUGCCUGAAGAUGUGACCAAGGAUGAACCCACAACAACCUGCGAUGGAGACAGGGAGCUGGUGCAGUAUAUAGUAGAUAAAGACUAGUGUGCUUCAUUUUAGCAUAUGGUUUAUCUUGAAUAAGAUAAUGCAUGUCAUGCAGACCAUGCUUAUGGAACAAACUAUUAUGUAUUUUUGGUUUGGCUGUGUACAGCUGUUAAUGUGAAUUUCCCGUCAUAUAAUUAAUUACAAGCUUCGCGGGGCGUUGUCUAAUAAAUCAAUGCUUCUUGUAUCA